AUGCCGGCCUGGGCCGGGAAGGACAGUUUCCCGCGGCCGAGGCCGAGCAGACCGGCGGACCCGGAAAACAAGCCCUUGUUGUCGUUACCACAGCCCAAGGGGAGUCGCGGCAAUUUGGUGGCUCCGAAGGUCAGUGUCUCGGUGGAAAACGUGCCCGAGGUGGUGGAUUGGUCUCCGUACGUGACCUCGUACAGGCACUGGUUGCGGGGGACGACAAUUGAUUCGGAUUCGGAAUCAUCAGAGAAUUGUUUGGGAAUGUCCCAGGAGAGGGUUUCUAAAUCUUGGGUUACUUGGGGGAGUGAGGUGGGGAAGAAGGUCUGGUGUUGUUGGAGGGGCUCUGAUGAGACGGAGAUGAUAAUGGGGAUGAGGAGGAAGAGGAAAACAAUCUGUUUUGCUUCCAUUUUGUGA